UGUUUCUUCAUAAUAAAAAAAAACACACAUAUUUGCUGUGUAUUUGUCUAAUGUCUAAUAUUUUCUUCCAUAAAUUGUAAGAUAACCCAAUUUAUAUAGCAAAUAGUUGAGACACGAAGCCAGUCAGUUGAGCAACAUGAGCCGGCAAUUAAAGUUCAUGGAGCAGCCAAAGUUUCAGUUCGAUGGCGAGGAUAAUCUCUAUGGCGAUUUGGUGGAAAUCAAUUUGAAUAAUCAAUGUACACAGGCCAAACAGAAUUCAGAUCAGGCCCUCAAUAUGCUACUACAGACACCGAAACAUCAUGGCUAUCCCUAUGGCUAUAAUGAGGUGGAUCCCGCAACGGAAUUCUAUUUUUGCAAGAAAUCCAAGUCGACAGGACAAUUGUCGGAGAAGGUUGCCUCAUCGGUGGCGCCAACGGCCACAAAUAUAAGCUGCCUAAGGCAAAUGUAUUGCCCGGAAUGCCAUGAACGUUUACAUGAAGAGGGAGUGCGUCUGGAGCGACUAUUGACCAUGUGCUGCUUUGCCCUUCUGCCCAUCUAUCCCUGCUGUAUGAGACGUUCGAAUAAUGAUUGCAAGGUCAUUUGUGGCAAAUGUGGCUAUACGUUGGGUGCCUGGAAGCGUCAAUAACUGAAUUAUGCCUAGCGGGGAAAGAUCUCAUUUAAAAAUUUGAAAUUUUUGUUUUGUUUUUUAAUUAUUUUUUCUAGAUUUUAAGUAUAUUACCAUAAGCACUUUUGUUAUUGAUUUUGACCUUGUGAUGAUGAUCAAGAUGUUGAUGAUGAGCACUAGACAUUCCAAAACAAAUUGAAA